UUUGUUAUUUCGUCAACCCGCAUCCCACCUAAUUUAGCUAUAAACCCCUUCGGAAAUCCCCGCUAAACGCCGCGAAAAUCUUUCCGUUUCAAGUUUUUAUAUUAACUAUAAAAUUAUGGGCAUAGAAAAGAUCAUAUGCUUUUUUCGUGUUUAGGCAUUAAAUAGUAUUACUCCAAACUUAAAUAGCCGUAACUUGCCCAAGUCUGCUGAGUCACUCUUUCUGUAAUUCAAAUUCCCAAUGGGCGACCGCGACCGCCCUCGCGAACGUGACCACCCUCGCGACCGCGACCACCGUGACCGCGACAGGGAUCGAGACCGAGACCGCGACCGCGACGGAGAACGCCGGCGAGAUAAAGAAGACCGUGACCGUGAACGAGACCGUGAGCGAGACAGAGACAGAACCCGAAGCAAGCGGUCGCGUUCACGAACUCCCGACCGGACUCGCUCACGCCACAAGCGAUCCCCCGACCGCUCUCAUCGCCACCGCCACCGCACGCCCUCUCCAGAACAGCCACGAAAGCGGCACCGGGACGAUAAGGACCAACAGAAGGCGGUGUCUGAUUUCGUGGACGAAAUUGCGAAAGAGCAGCAGCUAAAGAAAGACAGUGAAAAUAAUAGCAAUGGUAAUAAUGGCGGCGAUGGAAUGAAUGAUGUUGAUGAAGAUGAGAUUGAGAUGAUGAAGAAGUUAGGGAUUCCAGUUGGGUUCGAUUCGACGAAAGGGAAGCCAGUGCCGGGGGCUGAUGUGAGUGGGGUUAGGGCUGUGACAAAGCGCCAGCCGAGGCAGUAUAUGAAUAGAAGAGGUGGAUUUAAUCGGCCAUUGCCGAUGGAGCGGAAUCGAUAGAAGGAUCAUUAUUCCAAGGAGGUGGGUAUGCACAAGUUGAACAAGCUGGGGACAUGGAUUCCUGAAACCUGACAGAAAAAUGAACCUUAUGACAUUUUAAUUGAGUAAUUCUUGAUGUGUAAUAUUGGACCAUUGAGACAAGCCUUUCAUUUUACGCUGGUAUGAUCAAGUUGGUUUUACUAAUACUUGAGCAAGCAAAUGACUGAAUUUAGAUACAGUUUCAGUGAUCGCUCUUGUUGUGUGGGUUCAUUGGCCAUCUUUGUAAUGGUUCAGCAAAGUGCAUUUUCUGGUCUUGAAUCUGUAACUGAGAACUUCAGCGUAUCUUGCUGGAACAAAUUAUUCUGUUUUUAGGAAGAGAUAGGAGAAACUCCAUUCUUCUAUCUGAUAUGUAUUGGCUGUAUUCAAUCAACAGCUGUAGACAAGGUUGAAGCUGUAUCCAAUAUUACCUGCUACUGCAGGGCUUCAUGGACCAAA